CGCGGCUUUGCUCUCUCCCUGACCACCACAAUAGUCUUCUGUAUGAAGUCGUCAGUCCCUCCAGUAUCUAUCUCUGCGACAAACAAUAUAUCCGAUACCCAAGGCGCGACCCAGUCGACACUUAUGCAAGCAGAGAACCCGACCGAGACAAACUCCAUCGCCGAACUGAAGAAGGGGAAAGUCGUAUUCAAACAGAAGCCGAUGUCCUUGGAGAAGCACUCAGAGACUCUUCAAGAGAUUGUCAAAUUUCGUGAUAUGUUGGAGUUCCGCAAAUCUCAACGCUUACUUCCUUUGGACACGGUUUCCGAAGAGUAUAAACCAGUGCUUGUCAAGUUGGUGUGCGAGAGUGACAAAACCCUACCUGCCAUAUCCAAACAUAUCCACCAGGAGCUUCUACCAGCUGAGGAGGAAGAGGAGGGCGGUUCUGGUUCACCACCCUUGACACUAAGCGCAGUGGAGAAUGGCAUUCAAUCCGUGGCCGUUCGCACGAACUACGGUUUGAAUGGUCCCGCUGGUGCGAAAGCGCCGAAUGCCGUCUGUGUUUGGAGAUGGGAAAUCAAGCCAGCGUAUGUUGAAUACCUACCAAAAAACGCGCGAGAGAAGGCAGCAGCGCGACUGGCGGAAAGAGAGCAGGCUAAGAUUCGACUGCGGGCCAUCUUCGAUUCGCUACCCAAAAGCGAGCAAGACGCCCUCCUUGACCCCAAAGGGACCAAGACCCAGCCAAAGGAGGCUGUCGCUUCGGGCUCAAGUGACAUCGUGCACAUCGAAGCUGAUUUCAAGACCCCGACUCAAGCCUCAAAAAAGACAAAAGAGAACGAAGAAAACGAUUCUACGACUGUGGCCUCGAAGGUUGGCAAGCCGAAGAAGAUUGCUGACCCCGAGAAGUUGGCCAAGGAAAGGGCGAAGCAGGAGAAGAAAGCCGCGAAAGUGGAACGAGAACAGAAGGAAAAGGACGCGCAAACUAAAUCGCGUUCUUUGAUGCAAAACUUCUUCAAGACAUCUGCUCGUCCCCAGCCUACAAAAGACGCGGAUGCUAGCGUGGCCUCGACGUCUGUUUCAGAGUUUGACCGCACGUUCAAGGCAUUCGUGAUUAAGAAGGAGACUGCACUCGCUCCCGUGAAUCGAUUCACGGAGGCGCGAAAGCGGAACACAGCGCGGCUCACUUAUGAUGGCGAUGUGAUCAUUGUAGAGGACGAAGACGACACUGCUGUUCCAGAAAAGGAGCUGCAACGACUGAGUACUUCAGAGCGAUUACGAACCUCGCUCCGGGAUUUGAUAUCAAAUCCGUGCUACCAGCCUGCCCGGAGACGGCGAUCGUCCUUGAAGACUGAACACAUCGUCCGUGUCAGUGACAUGAUGGAGCAAGUGAAUGAAGCCGAAGUCUCUGGGGAAGUGAACCUGGUCAGAUCUUUGUUGUCGACUUUAUCGGACCGGGCCGUGGUCCCAGCCAAGGUUUUAGUGUUUGCAGAUGAUGCCCGACCUGGGUACUUUGGGACAUGGACACGAAACUCUCGGCUCAUUGGGCCUCGAACGCCCCUGGCUCAAGAUGUCGCGGUUUUCGACUACGGAUAUGACAGCGGAGAGGAGUGGGAAGAAGAACCUGUUGGUGAUGCAGACGAUGUGGUCGAGGACGGGGACGAUGAGGAUCUCGAUGCUGAGGAUGCAGACUCAGAUCUCGACAGCUGGUUGGCUGAUGACGACGAAGACCAGGUAAUUGAAGAGCGAGGAACGUCGCCUGUGUCCCAUAGCCAGAAACCGGCUAAACGCAGGGCCGAUGACACUGGAGAGAAGACUGCGAAGAAAAGGAAACUCGUUGCAGCCUUGAAAGCGUUCGCCAAAGGCCCGCUAUGGGAGCAAGAGCUUGGCCAGUGCGCCAGUGAAAUCUUCAAUCCUUAUCGAAUCCAGUUACUGAAUGAUGCUCCGGAGUUCCCUAUUGAUCCUUUCAGCCUCAUUUCUCCAUCCGCCGCUGAUGCUACGGACGACGGCUUCGCGGUUCCUUUAUUACCAGAUCGUCUGAAGGAUUUGCAAAUAGGCACAUCUGCGAAGCGCUCAAUGCCUACGCCCAAGACAUCAUUUCCUGAAGCGCAUUUGGCAUUCCUUCUGGAAAGGAUAUCCAGGAUCAGACUGGCAGCUUCCCCAUCCUCAUCGAUACCAUCUAUCAGGAUUUACGACAACAUAAAGUCAAGAAAAACUCGAUCGAGGCCAAGGUCCGAGAAGUCGCAGAGAAGUGCAAGGUCAACAAGAUCUGGGUGCUUAAAGAUGGCUUGCGAGCCAGUGCCGCUGCUGCACAAUAAUACAUCCUCAGUCGUUAUCUUACAGACACAUAGCCAAGUCUUUAUGAACUGGCCGCUUUCCAAAGUUGCUCCGCGUACUCAAAGUCUGUUCUCCCCUCCGAGAAAUCUACUAUAUGAAUGUCGCCUUCCGAAGAGCCUGCAAAUCGUUCGACCAAUACACAGUAUGUGGAGAGACGCAAAUGACUCACGAACGAGCAUCUUUUUGAGUCCGCCACUCUUGUCGGUGACAGGCUGAAACCCCAGUCUCUUGUAGAUCUGCAGUCGGAGUCUGCCCAGAACAUGUUCAGAGAGUCUACAAACAGUUGAGGGAUGCUCACGCAGCACCAUCCAGCUCUUUCUCGUGUUCUGCGGCUGGAUCGUAGUACUCUAAUCGCCGGGCUUUGUCUUUGAGCGAAGCAAGCUCUCCCUCCUUGCUGGCAACCAAACCCUCUGCUUCCUGAAUAGAUUUCGCCAAGGAAAGGCUGGAUUCGUCGAGUUCAUUCAAUGUGGCGGCGUGCAUCUCUGCGGUGGGAACUGUGGAUGGUCGAGUCGCCGAGACACGAGCGGCCUCGACGAUCUUGGAGAGUGCUUGUUGAUCAUGAGCGAAAGAGUCCAAGCGUGCAAAUGAGCAUAGCGACACCUUUCAAAUUCGAAUGCAACUCCUCUAGCUCCUUUCGCCUAUUAGAUUCGGUAAGCGCGAUAGUUUCUUCGGUUGAAACUAGGCCAAGGUAGUCCUCGUCUGGCACCACGAGAGCCCUGACUUCCCGCAGUUGAUGUCUUCGAGGGGAUGAGUAUUGUUCCACAGUGCAUGGAUAGAGGAGCUGACAUAGCUUCUUCCACUGAGAUCGACAUCGAGGCGCGUCGUAGUGGGAGUUGCGCGUAAGUUGGUGGCUGGCACGUGCCAUCGUGACUGAUCGUGGGUUUGUGACUGACUUACUUCGGACAGACUUUGACCUUGCCGUUGCGGUUAAUGGAGGCUCUCCUCGAUUUCUCCAAAGACUUCGAUGUCUCCCUCAUGGACAGGGUCACCAUGUCUUUUUAUAAGAGUACCGGACAAGAGCAACAACUAGCUCAACAAGUCCUCACUCAAUUCCAAGACAGCCCAGAUGCUUGGACUAGGGUGCCAGAUAUAUUAGAGCGCUCCACAUUUCCUCAAGCCAAGUACAUCGGUCUCCAGAUCCUAGAAAAGCUGAUCACAACACGGUGGAAGAGUCUUCCGGAGGGUCAAAGACAAGGCAUCCGGAACUUCAUCGUCGGCGUAACGGUUAAGGUGGCCUCUGAUGAAGCGACUAUGCGGAAGGAAAAGACAUACGUGGACAAGUUGGAUCUGACGCUGGUGCAAGUGCGUAAAUUAGCUUUGUCUGGCGAUGCUGCUGCUGCUUAUUUGAGCUCCGUUCAGAUCUUGAAACAAGAAUGGCCCCAUAACUGGCCGAACUUCAUUACCGAACUGGUCGAAUCGUCCAAGACCAAUCUCACGCUAUGCGAAAACAACAUGAUUAUCUUGAAGUUAUUGUCCGAAGAGAUAUUCGACUUCUCGGCAGAACAAAUGACGCAGACCAAGAUCAAGAAUCUGAAAAACCAAAUGUGUGGAGAGUUCUCCGAGAUCUUCAAACUGUGCUCGGAUGUGCUUGGGGAGGCCAGAAGACGCUAUAUCUUUGAGACUAGCAUCAUCGAUCUUCUCUUAAAUCGAUUUCUUGAAACCUCAGACUUCCGCAACGUAACAUUGAAAUGUCUUGCCGAAAUCGCCGCGCUCAACGUUGGGCCAGAAUACGACCCGAAAUUUGUCAUCUUGUUCCAGAUGGUCAUGACGUCCGUUAAUCGAAUGGUACCUCCGAGCACCGACAUCGCAGAAGCCUAUGCAAACGCCGGUGACUCCGGCCAGGAACUCGUCCUUAACCUUUCUUUAUUUCUGUCCAACUUUCUGUGUACGCAUUUGCGUGCAGUGGAAUCGGACGCGACGCGAGACGUGCUGCUCAACGCUCAUCUGUAUAUGGUCAAAGUGUCGCAGGUUGAAGAACGCGAAGUCUUCAAAAUCUGUGUCGAGUACUGGGUCAAGCUUGUUUCCGAGCUCUAUGAAGAAAUCCAGAGCAUGCCGAUGGGAGAGUCGGGCCUGCUGAUGGGGUUGAGUUUGGGCGGAGCGGGUGGACCUCCUGUUCUCGGGGGCAUGUCCUUGCGCAAAAAUAUCUACAGCGAGGUUCUCUCCAACCUCCGCCUAGUUGUGAUAGAGCGUAUGGUCAAGCCAGAAGAGGUGUUGAUUGUUGAGAACGACGAAGGCGAGAUCGUGCGUGAAUUCAUGAAAGAGAGCGACACGAUCGUACUCUACAAGUCCAUGCGCGAGCUGCUUGUCUACCUGACUCAUCUCGAUGUCAAUGACACCGAGAGCAUCCUGACGGAGAAGCUCGCGAAGCAGGUCGACGGGUCAGAGUGGUCGUGGAACAACCUGAACACGCUCUGUUGGGCAAUUGGGUCGAUCUCAGGGGCUAUGAACGAGGAGCAAGAGAAACGGUUCCUGGUGACUGUCAUCAAGGAUCUGCUUGGCCUGUGCGAAGUCAAGCGCGGCAAGGAUAACAAGGCUGUGGUCGCCUCGGAUAUCAUGUACAUUGUUGGCCAAUACCCUCGAUUCCUCAAGGCCCAUUGGAAGUUCCUCAAGACGGUGGUCAACAAGCUGUUCGAGUUAUGCAUGAAACACACGAGGUCGGGCGAAACAGAGCCUUUCGUAGAUGAGAUUCUACGAAUGCUGCAUCGGAUUACUGUCGACCUCUCACCGCAACAGGUCCAUACCUUCUAUGAGGCCGUCGGAUGGAUGAUUGCCGCCCAACCGAACAAAGUGCAGCAGGAAAAGCUGAUCGGGAGUCUCAUGGAGCUGCCCAACAACGCCUGGGACUCGCUCAUGGGCCAAGCGGCACAGAACAUGGACGUCCUGGCGAACAUUGAUAACAUCAAGAUUCUGUCCAAUGUUCUCAAGACUAACGUUUCAGCUUGCACGUCAAUCGGGAGCUUCUAUCUCCCCCAGAUUGGCCGCAUCUUCUUGGACAUGCUAGGCCUGUACAAAGCUGUAAGUGGGAUAGUCAGUGAAACCAUUGCCAAAGAAGGAGCAUUGGCGACCAAGACACCAAAAAUAAGACAACUCCGGACGGUCAAGAAGGAGAUCUUGAAGCUUAUGGAGACAUACAUCAAGAAAGCAGAAGAUCUCGAGGCUGUGAACGCCAACUUCAUUCCACCGCUGCUGGACGCCAUUCUUGGCGACUACGGUCGAAAUGUUCCUCAAGCCCGCGAUGCGGAAGUUUUGAAUGUGAUGGCAACUAUUACGACGCGACUGGGCUCCCUCCUCACACCUCAAGUCCCGCCUGUCAUCGAUGCUGUUCUGGAGCCAACGCUGGACAUGAUCACCAAAGACUUUACUGAGUUUCCGGAGCAUCGAGGAGGGAUCUACAAGCUGUUGCGAUCGGUGAACGCCAACUGCUUCCCAGCACUUCUGACCAUGACCCCUGUUCGUUUCAAACUAUUCAUGGACAGCAUCAUCUGGGCCAUCAAGCAUACAAUGCGAGACAUCGCAGACCUCGGUCUGACCUUGUGUCUAGAAGUGAUCAACAACUUUGCCAUGGCCGAUCAAGCAGUGGCCAACGCGUUCUUCCAUCAAUAUUUCCUCACUGUGGUGCAGGAUAUCUUCUAUGUCCUCACUGACACCGAUCAUAAGAGCGGCUUCAAGCUCCAGAGCGUAGUUCUUGCUCGGAUGUUCCAGCUUGUGGAAACAAACGCUAUCCAGACUCCGUUGUUCGAACCCACCCAAGUCUCGGAUCCGAACACGACAAACGCAAUGUUCCUUCGCCAGUUCUGUUCCGAUCUGUUACAUAACGCAUUCCCUCAUGUCAACAAGGCACAAGUGCAACGAUUCGUCUCGCAACUGGGUGAAUUCAAUGAUGAUCCCAACCGAUUCAAGCUGGCGCUCCGGGACUUCCUUAUCCAGCUGAAGGAGUUCUCCGGCGACAACGCGGAGCUGUAUCUGGAUGAGCGAGAGGCAGAAACGCAGCGGAAAGUGGAUCAAGAGCAUCAAUUAGCAAUGCGGAUUCCAGGAAUGCUCAAGCCUUCUCAGCUAGAGGACCGGGACGAAGACAUAUGAUCACGGACAGACCCUCGCUUGACUUUAUUCGCUUUCGUUUUUUUCAUGUAAACCUAUGUAUGUAGUACUACAGCUCAACAAUUAAUGCAAAAUACUGUACACUAGUACCAGACUCCACACGUCACACCGGUGUGUCACAUCUUCUCCUAAUCUGCACCAUGUUCAAAAAAUUCUCGCCAUCGACAGAUAUUGCCGGAAACACACCAGUGAAAUCUUCCGUGCAAAGAUCCAUUCGAUCUGGCGUGCUUGCGCAAUGGAAAUCGAGCCCGAGACGCUGGAGGCCAUCUGGCCCAAGAAGGAGGGACUGGUUCACGUGAAAUGCAGAGAACACAUAUCCAUCUUCACCGUGCACAACGAGCCUCUCUUCUUCCAGCACUUCGACGGCCCGUUCUACCCGACCCUGCGACUGCUGCAUAAAUAUCCGUUUAUCUUACCAAUGGUACGAAUAGACCGUGGUGCGAUUCGGUUCCUAUUGGCGGGGGCACACAUGAUGUGCCCAGGAAUGACAUCCGCGGGUGGCUAUCUGCCACCCGAUGAUGAAGCGUAUCCUGCUGAGAGCGCAGUUGCUAUCUAUGCAGAAGGGAAGGAACACGCGGUGGGUGUCGGCAUCACGAAACUUGGCACCGCAGAGAUGCGCAAGGUCAACAAGGGCGUGGGUGUCGAGACUGUCACGUACCUGGGAGACGAUCUCUGGUCUCUACAAAGUCUUUGAGUGCUGCUGCCUUGCUGUGCAAUUAGGAUUACGUAACCAUAUAUUCACUUGUACUCGCUCAUGACCAGCGACGGUUUCAAGUAUUCGGACUUCAAGCAGGUGUCCAAAAAGAAGCGCAAAAACAGGCCUGCGCAUGACCGGCCAUCUCUGCUGUCUCAGAUCCAAAGCGUUAUCGCGGAUUGGGCCGAGAACGACUGGCUUUCCGACUGUCAAACGUUGCUCCGCGAGCAUCUGGAGACGCGAUCUCCGAAGAAAGUUCUCUGUCUAGGGCUCGGUAGUCUCUCUUCGCCCAACUCUCGAGCGCAGCUGGCCUUUUUGCUUGAGAUCUGCAAGACCGCGGCAAUUGUGCGUACAGGCUAUUAAUGUGCACCUGGUGGUCAUCAAUCCCUGCCAGGAACACGCAGACGUCUCUGUGUAUGAUCCCGUUUUCACGGAGGAGGACAAAGCUGUGUUUGGGGCCCUCGGGAUGAUCGUGGCGACGGAGAAUCAGGAGGGCCGAUAUCGACUCGCGGAUCCGACCAUUCUUUGGAUGCCGCACUGUGAUCUUGACCUGUACGAAAACGUGGUUGCAACUAAUUGGUCGCGCGAGCAUUUAUCCCGCUUGAUCCUGAUCGGGAACCGCCUCGGCGAUUACAUUGAGAGCCAUCCCCAGAAGAAACUGGAAACGAGAGCGCCCCAUAUUUUGCGACUGGAUAAGCAUCUUGAAUGCAGACUGUUACCCGAAUCUCUUGCGUGGAAAACGGCCUUCAACAACACGGCAAUCCAAUAUCUGCCGACAUCUUCCGAAAUCCGGUUUUUGGAAGCAGACGGGCUGGCGGAUGAAAAUUCGGCGGCAUACGGAGCUAAGUAGCAAAAAAAUCUAGCACUGGGAGGAGAAGCGAGGAGAACUAGAGGGCACGGAAUCAAAUGGAGAGAACAGGUCAAACUCGUCGUCGUCGUCCAGCUCAGUGUAUAUAUACGGUGUGGUCUGUCGCAAGCGACUUUCUUCGGGCAGGGGAAUGGAAGCAGGAUCGAGGGUCAGCGACGAUAGCGACUGCCCCGGUGUCAAUGGAGCAUCCGACUCGUCGUCCGAGGUAUCCUCAAUGGCGUCUGGAACCGGCAGCUCGUCCAGUUCGUCAACGUCGU